UUGGUAAUAGCACAUGGCACCGCGAGCUCAUCCCAGUGAUACCACUGCGCGCGCAGCCACAGGUGGUGUUCAUGCGUGCCACCUUCACAUCUGAAGCAACAGAAGAAGAGAGAGACAGGGGGACUAGCAGCGCUUCAUCACCGCUUCACUGACGGAGGAAACUCAUAAAGCUGCUUUCUGCUUUGUUGGGAGCGGGUGUUGUUGGAGGCUGAGGUGAAGUGGGACCUGCUGUCUGCUGGGUGUGUGUUCAGGGCUUUGUCGAGGAGCGCGCCGAGGUUUAACAGGUGGAGAAGGCACCUUAAAUCACUGCACUCACCUUGGGUUUGGACAAGAGUGUGUGCUGACCCGAUCACUAAAUGGCGCUGACGGUGAACCUUAUCGGUCCUUCACCAUGGGGCUUCAGAAUAUUUGGAGGACGGGACUUCAAGAAAGCCAUAACUGUAUCAAAGGUCAACAGGGGCAGCAAGGCAGAGCAAGCAGACCUGCAGCCCGGUGACAUUAUCUUGGAGAUCAAUGGGGAAAACACGGCCGACAUGCUGAACGUGGAGGCGCAGAACAAGAUCAAGAGCUCGACUCAGCUGCAGCUGGUGGUGGACAGACCUGAACCUCCCAGUCCUGGACAGACUAAUGGCAUUAGCACCCCUGAGCAGCUCACCGGACGCUUCCAGGAGGCAGUAAUAGUGAGUCGAGAUGAGAAUCAAAACUACAGAGAGUACACCAUCUCCAGCCCUGCGUCGCUGUCCCCUGGACCUUAUUCACCAGAUCCUCCUGCCAGCCCCGACGGGAAGAGGGACAGACUGACAGCGACCACCAACAAGGGUGUCCAACUGCGUCCAUGGUCUCCAGAGGACAGGAGUCACAGGAUGUCCAGGCCACUGUCACAGGAGUUCUCCCCUCCAGACUACAGAAAUAACUCUGUGUCCAGCAGAACCCCGACACCCCCAGGACGCUAUUCACCUCAUAGCCCCAUUGAUCGGGACGCACCCAUGUCCCCACGUCGCAGCAGUUCGAGCUCUGACUACGCCAUGCAGAGGUUCGACAAGGACUCAGAGGUGUACAAGAUGAUUCAGGAGAAUAAGGAGUUCCGCACGGCACCUCGUCAGUCCAACACCUUCAAAAUGCUGCAAGAGGUCCUGGAGGCUGACGAGAAAGAGGCAGCCCUGCGGUUCCCAGGAAAACUUUCCCCCAACGUCCCCAAACCAGGCACAGCAGUGGCAGGAGUCAAAAAAACCCACAUCUGUGAGAAGUGCGGCACCAGCAUUUUAACACUGGCCGUGCGCAUCUCAGACGACCGCUUCCGCCACGCAGAGUGCUACACUUGCACAGAUUGUGGUCUUAAUCUCAAGAUGAGAGGUCAUUUUUGCGUCGGAGAUGUGAUGUACUGUGAGAAGCACGCCAACCAGAGGUACAAAGGCCCAGGUAGUUCCCCUCAAGUCACCGUGUCCCCUCGCCAAUGAGUCUGCCACUCCUCACCUGCCCCGCUCUGAACGUAGAGUGCUGCUUAUCUGCCUGAAGCUCCGCACCACCUGACUCAGUUAUAGACCUUGGGAUGGGGCGUGGAGGUGGACACUGGUCAGCAAAAUGGCAGAGGGUGCUUUUUUUCUGAUCACAUUUAACCAUACUUUGCAAUAUUAUGAUUCACUUUCUUGCCUUUCUUAUAAUUGUACGAGAAUUGGGGCUUUUGUUUUUCUACGGCCUGGCCUCGACGGUCUCUUUAGGUUAUUCUUAGCUCUAAUGAUGCACAGCUGCCAUGGACUCAAGCCACAUCGCAUUGUACUAAGGCCAGAUUUACAUAACACCAACGCUUUGACAAACUCAACAGAACUGGCUCUCUGACUCUCCGAGGAUCUGGAUAAUCAUUUGAAUCUCCUGCUGACACAAAGGGACCAAAAUCUCACCUACACUGCAUGCCAUUUUAAAAAUGUACUGUACACAGGCAGUGCUGUGUGUGUGUGUGGGUGUGUGUGUGGGUGUGUAUGGAUGCAUGCUUUCACAUGCAGGAGUGUGGUGGCUUCUGCAUGCCUUUCCUGCAUCUGUGUGUGUGAUUGCGUGUGUGCCUGAGAGAGAGAUGGGGAGGGGGGUCCAAAUUGUUACAGAUACAAAGGAGUUUGUGAAUUUUGCGCUAGAGUCAGGCCAAAAGCCCUUGAGUUUUUUUCUAUAUUUCUUUUGUAAGUAGAAUUUAUGAGUAGAAGUAAUGAAAAAAUACAUAUUUGCUGACUUGUUUUGCUGUUUUGUUGCUUAUGAGGGACUAUAGAUUCAAAUAUACAAAUAUUUUUGAUGUUUUUUUUGUGAUUGAAUUGUAUUCUAUAAUAUAGACCAUUUAAAAUGCAUAAUGUAUGCACAGGACAUUUAGUGUGAAAAGAAUUAAUGAUACUACACUUGUCAAGUUACAGCAGUACUCAGAGAUACACUAUAAUGUUCGCAAUUCAUGUGGCACUUAAUAAAACCGCACAACCUAAAGCUUCUUCAGUGAUGAUGACUGUGUUGGAAUAAGUGUAAAUGUCUUCCUAAGUCAUUACUGUUUCCAAACUUUUUGGUGACGGCUGCCCUGUCUUUACGUAGUUUUAUUGACUCCACAUUACACAAGUACACUUCUCAUUGUUGGCAGCUGAAAGGAGUCAAACAGGAGUUGUUCUUUGUCUCUUUGUCAUACAGGUACGGUCCUUUAAGUUCAAUAGACCUUCGUUUCACAGCUGACCUUUUGUUGCCUCUUAGCAGGAAGACACACGUGUAACUAAUUACAUUAAAGAUGACUCCAUUCCA